UGGCUCACCAGACAUGGUUUUCGAUUGAGGAAAUGUUGAAGCUUAAACAGAAGCUGGUUUCCCUGAUUCUGGAAAUUGGGAUCAUUUUCCAUUUGGUGAUAAUGGGGUGGAAAACUCUUAUGGUGACAGCCAAGAAAUGCUGUCUCGUUCUCUAGGAGGUGGUAUGGCAAUGGGAUCUUUAACAGUGUUUCUCUUGUUUUAUUUGGUUCUCCCAUUCCUUGCUACUCUCACCCUUGCAGCCGAUCCAUACUUUUCAGGAUCGUUUUAUAAGCGCAGCGGGUAACUAUACAGCAAACAGCACUUACCAGGCCAACCUCAACAACAUUUGCUCUCAACAUACGUCUCUGACAGAAUUCAACUGUGGGUUCUAUAAUCUUAUGAGCUCCUUGACCAGUUUUGAUCUGCAAGACAAGGGCUUGCCUGGAAGUUGUACUCGGCUAAGGUGUAGCGGAACGCGUCCCCACCAGUAUCCCACGGUUUGCAAUUGGAUUCUUGAGCAGAAGGUGUUUUCAGAGGUGUGCGCGCAUGCGGGCAUUUCCAAGGUUGCGAAGGAUUCUUUCUUCGAUUUGAUACGAUCAGAUGCAGCUAGGCUGUUAAGGCUGAGGCAUCCAGGAGUGAUCCACGUGGUCUAAGCUUUGGAUGAAAAUAAGAACGCGAUGGCGAUGGUUACUGAGCCAUUAUUUACGUCGGUGGCUAAUACGCUUGGGAAUGAUGAGAAUGUGGCCCUGGUUCGUAAAGAUCUUGUAGAGAUGGAAAUGAAUUUGAAGCAUGGGUUGUUUCAGAUUACAGAAUCCUUGGAUUUUCUUCAUAACAAUGCACGUCUUAUUCAUCUGACUAUAUCACUUGAGAAUGUCCUGAUUACAUCAAGUGAAGCUUGGAAGCUUGGUAAGUUUGGUUUUGCUAUUUCGACAGAUCAGGUCUCUAGUAAUCUGGUUAAUGUGCAGGCCUUCCAUUAUUCUGAAUAUGAUAUUGAAGAUUCUGUCAUACCUUUUCAACCAUCCCCUCCAGGUCAUUUCCACGAAGGUUAUUUUUCUAAUUUUGAUUUCUUCUUUCUGCCUGUUUUUUGUAAAGAUCUUGAAGCCUACGAGUAUUAG